AUGCUGAGGCAAGCCUACCAAAAAACCAGAGAGGCAAACGGCCACUCCGGGUCAGAGCCCCAGACAUGCUGCUUCUAUGAUGAGCUACAUGCCAUUCUAGGUGGUGCAGCCACCACUACCCCACCCCUGUGCUUUGACUCCGUCAAUGGAGUAGCACACAACAGGGAUGUGUGUUUUGGGGACGAGGAAGAUGUGGAGGAGGAGGUUGAAGAUAGCUCACUGCAAGGAAGCGGAGAAACCGUUUUCCCCGACAGCCAGGAACUCUUUCUCACCCUGGAUCUGGAGUCAGUACCCCCCGAACCCACCCAAGGCUGCCUCCUGGACUCGCCAGGCGGAGAAGGGACCUCUGGACACAUUAAACCCCGGCUGGUUGGAGGAGACGGUGCCUGCUCAGGACGUGUGGUGAUAAAACAUGGAGACACGUGGAAAACAGUCUGUGAUGCACACUUUGAUUUCAAAGUUGCCAACGUUAUCUGUAAUGAACUACAGUGUGGAAUAGCUGUAUCUAUCCCAGGAGGAGGUCAUUUUGGAGAAGGACAAGGCAAGAUCUUGACUGAAGAAUUCAAGUGUGUGGGGAAUGAGUCUCUCCUGUUCUCCUGUCCCAGGAUAUCACAAGUGAUUCAGAGAUGCUCACACACAAAUGAUGCUGGUGUCAUAUGCUCACGGUUCCGGCUGGUGAACGGCAGCACAGCGUGCUCAGGGAGGGUGGAGAGCCAGGUUCUUGGUGCCUGGGGAACCCUCUGUGACUCACGCUGGGAUUUACCAGAUGCCAAUGUUCUCUGUCAUCAGCUCGACUGUGGAUUCGCUGUAUCGACUCCAGGAGGAGGGUAUUUUGGGAGGGGAACUGGCUCUGUCUGGACAGACACAUUUCACUGUAAAGGGACUGAAACCCAUUUGGGCCAUUGCCCUGUUACUGCUCUAGGGGCCUCUCAGUGCUCACAGGACAAUGAUGCCAGUGUGGUUUGCUCAGGUCGCUCUGAAUCACUCAGACUGCUGAAUGGAGAGAGCCGGUGUGAUGGGAGAGUUGAGAUUUCCCUCCGUGACGUGUGGAGCAGAGUGCUGGAUGACCAGUGGGAUAUGAACGAUGCCAGCGUGGUGUGCAGGCAGCUCCAGUGCGGAGUCGCUGAGAAAGCUUAUAACCCCCCUAAGUCUGAGCGAGGAACGGGCCCUGUGGGGCUGAGAAGUGUCCAGUGUGCAGGAAACGAGACUAAUCUGACGCUCUGCAUCACCUCCACGUCCCAGGCAGAGCAGCCAGGAAUUGCUGAGGAUGUUGGCGUUGUUUGCUCAGGGAGCAGGCGGAUCAGACUGGUGAAUGGGGCAGGUCGCUGUGCCGGGAGAGUGGAGAUUUAUUACAAUGGCAGCUGGGGAACAGUCUGUGAUGAUUCCUGGGACCUGCCAGACUCCAAUGUCGUUUGCAAACAACUGGGAUGUGGACAUGCCAUCAAUGCAACUGUCUCUGCUCAUUAUGGGCAAGGAUCCGGGCAGAUCUGGCUGGAUGAUAUGAACUGUUCUGGGAACGAAUCUGAUCUCUGGACGUGUCCUUCCAGGGGCUGGGGCCAGCACAACUGCAGACACAAAGAGGACGCCGGAGUUCUCUGCUCAGAGUUCACAGAUCUGAGGCUGGUGAGCGACAGUGACUGUGCUGGGCGGCUGGAGGUUUUCUACAAUGGGACGUGGGGCAGUGUUUGCUCCAAUCAGAUGUCUGGCAUCAUCACAGCAAUUGUCUGCAAACAGCUGAACUGUGGAAAUGGAGGGCAGAUUGCAAAUGACUUGGAAUAUGGAGCAGGUUCUGGUCCCACGUGGCUGGACCACGUUGCAUGUAGUGAGCAGCACAGCUCCCUCUGGCAGUGCCCAUCAGAGCCCUGGAAUCCAAAGUCAUGUGAUAACCGAGCAGAAGAGACCCAUAUUUCUUGCACUGACCAGGAGAAGUUACGUGUCAUGGGAGGAGAGGACAGAUGCUCGGGGAGAGUGGAGGUUUGGUACCGUGGCUCCUGGGGAACAGUUUGUGAUGACUCCUGGGACAUGGCAGAUGCUAACGUUGUGUGUAAACAACUGGGCUGUGGAUCUGCUGUAUCUGCCCCGGGCGAGGCUGCAUUCGGUCUGACAGAGAGGACAGAUUCUCCGAAUACCCCAGCUCCUCCGCGCCGCCCUCUGACUGACAGUGGGAGAGUCACGGUGCCCAUGAUCGUCUGCAUUAUCCUGGGGGCCCUGCUCUGCCUGGUCUUAAUCAUCCUGGGGGCGCAGGUGCGAAGUGCCAGGGCACAGCGCAGAGGCUCCAGAAGACCUUUGGAUCCCUUCUCUGAGGCCGUGUACGAGGAGAUUGAUUAUAACCUGAUGAGAGAAAAGCAGGAGAUGUUCAGUCGCUCAGUCUCCUAUUCAGAUGACUCAGUGACGAAGCUGCAGUAUUACACCGGGGACAGCGAGGGGGAAAACGAUCCUGGAUCAGAACAAGAGGGAGCUUCCCUGGAGGGGUCUCAGUUGGAUUACGAUAACGUGGAGGAGCCUGCCUUGAACGACGUCCCCCAGACUCCAGACGGCCGAGAUGCCCCUGCCCUGCCUGGAGAUGUCACAGGGGAUGGUUAUGAUGAUGCCAGAGAAGUGUCUGACCCUGAAGGUGACCCGGGUUUGGGGCAGAAUGAUGAGCAAGGCACUGGGGCGAGUGACAGGGACAGGGAUUCCCAGACAGGUUGGAGUCUGCGCUCGCUAAAGAGUGAAGUUGUCUUUGGGAUGGAGAAGGAAACCCCGUCCCUGCCUCCUGGAGACACAGGUUAUGAUGAUGUGGGACAUGGUGACUCUGGGGGUUCAAUAUCAUAA